AUGCGUGGCUACCUACAGGCUCAGUUGCUGCUAGCGCCGCUGCUGGCCGCGGCUCUUCCAACAAAACAUGAGGCUACUCCACUCGCCUUAAUCAAUCUCGAUAUCAACGACUCCGAAGAUGGAGUCACCCUUCGAGAACCUACUCUUCGCCUCAACAUUCAUGAGUCUACAUCUCCAUGCGGCUAUGGAAAUGUGACCCUUAAUGACCAAACACUUGCACAAGACGAUAAUGGUCUUGGUUCUGGAUCGAUUACGACUGAGCAUGGCAACAUCAUUCUCGCUAACUGGGGUUUCACCUGUGUGCACCUCGAAGAUGAGUUUCAAGGACAGUUGAUGACCUUUGAAGUCAUCUCCGUAGAUGAUAGGAAAGUCGACGAUGUUGGGUUCGUCGUUCAAUUCCAACAAAUGGCCCCAGUUUCGGUAUCUUUAAUUAACGGCUCUGGAUCUGUUGUCGACGUUCCUAUUCCCAGUGAGGCUAUCAAAGGCAACGAUUCUUCGAAUAAGGAGACCUCGGAAACCCUUGAUGAUGAAUUGGCGGAGUUGAAGUCGAUGAUGCGACAGCUGGCGGCACUCGAAUAUGCUAUUUCUUCCAAGGUUCAUCACAUUUCUGAGACUUACGAUUUCAAAUUCCCACGGCCAGGUCACCCUCAUUCACUUUCUGAUUGCGAUAGUCUGAAGUGUGUCGUAAGGACGAUGUAUAUCCGGGCGAAGCAUAUGGCUAGUAAGCUAUACGGCCACGGAUUUGAAGGCGAAGGACACUUUGGUGGUAGACCGGGCAGGCAUCAUUGGCCAUUCCAUCAUGAAGAGGGACGUCCUGGCCAUCGACCUCAUUGGAUGCCACACCACCAUGAGAACGGAAACCACUCUCGCCCAUUCCCGCCGCAUCAUCCACCUCAUGGGCCGCCUCCUCAUGGACCGCCUCCUCAUGGGCCUCCUCAUGGGCCUCCUCAUGGACCCCCUCAUGGACCUUAUGAUGAACCACCUUUUCACCAUCCGCCUCCACCCCCCUUCUGCGAUUGUGGGCCACCGCCGCCACCACCUCCACCUCCGCCUCCAUUCUAUGGGGAGCAUCCUCCUCAUGGUGGCCCGCCGCCUCCGCCGCCGCCGCCACCUCCUCCCCCUCACCAUGAGUUUGGAGACGAGCCGCAUCAUGAGCAUCCCGGACCGGAUGCGGGAUUUCCUAACGAAAUGGAACCCCCUGAGGACUUUGAUCCCGAAAGACCUGAACACCCACUCUUCGAAGAUGGAGAAUUCCCUCCUCCUCCCCCUCCCCCUCCUCACCAUGGAGGACCACCACACGGAGAGCACGGACCACAUGGUGGAAUGCCGCCGCCCCCGCACCACCCUCCUCAUUUUGGCCCACCUGGUUUAUUCCAUACCAUAUCCGUUAUCCACGUCGGGGCUGUAAUCAUCUUACUAGGUCUACUCGCUAGCGCCUUACACACGCGCUGCUUCACUAAAACCCAUAAGAAUCGACGCUCUAGCUGUGGUAAGCGACACGGAGCCCGGGGGCUCCGUUGCCGUCGCCGCCAUGACGACGGUUUCUGGGCGUCUAGACGUGAUGCUAUCAACGCUAGGUACGAUGAGAUUGUCAGAUGGGUAAAAGAAGGCGCGAGACGUCAAGAGCUCGACGACGAGGAGAAGGAGGCCAUUAUGAGACAAAUUCAUGGGUCUGACGGAGACGACAAUCUCUCGACGACCAUGGAGCAAGAGAUCGCGCAGUUCCGUGCUGCCGCAAGUGUAGUGGGUGAUAUUGUCGAAGCCGAGGAGGGACGGUCGCGUUCUCGCGAAUUCCCCCGCGAGAUGCAACAACACCGCGCUCCGCAACGUAGUGCCCCUAUCCCCCAGAGCCCAACUUCCGCCUUCCCCGAUUACAUUGACGAGGAGCUACCCGCCUACGACGAAGGCAAUGAUGAUCGCUUCGUUUCCGACGGGUUUAGAUACACCCCGGGAAGCUCAGCCUAUACACCAACCGCGUCGUCCACGACGGGAUCGUCCCUUGACGAGAAUUUAGGAAGAAAGGAAUAA